AUCUGCUGUCUCAUAUGAAUGAGGGACAAAAGGACAAAAGCAGCACAUAUGAACAGGUUUGAAUUUUGAGCUUUGAAAAAUGGCAUGUCAAAUCACGUUGCCUGUGCUCCUUUUGGGGAUGAUAAGUACGGUAAAUCCUCAGGUUGCAGGACCCCUCUACCCAAUUUCUGGAACAGAAAGCUCUCGAUCAGACGAUGGAAGUUCACCUCAAAUACCCCUGCAGCGAUAUUUUCCUUACUUCGGACAGUCGUAUAAUCAGAUUUAUGUGAACCACAAUGGACACCUGACAUUUACUUCUCCAUGGAGCCAAUACACACCUCAACAGUUCCCACUGUAUGGAUCCAGAGACGUCAUCGCUCCAUUCUGGACAGACUUGGACAACAGAGCAAAUGGUCAGAUCUUGUACAACCAAUACACCAGCGGCAGUGUCCUCCUACGAGCUACACAGGACAUUAAUGCCUACUUUCCAGGACUAAAUUUUAAUGCCAACUGGGUCUUUGUUGCAACAUGGUACGAGGUGGCCUACUAUCCUACUACUGGAACACGAACAACAGUCCAAGCAGUCUUGAUCUCUGGUGGCCAGUACUCCUUUGUGCUGAUGAACUACGGGAUAAUAGCCGAAACACAACGCAGUGUACAGGCUGGAUAUGACACAAUCCAGUCUUCUCACCAUUUCACCAUCCCUGGCUCAUUCUCUAGUAAUGCAACAGGCAGUAACUCAGUUUUCAGCCUGGGAAGCAAUGUCAAUGUACCCGGUCGGUGGGCUUUCCGGGUAGACCAUGGCUCAAGAGGAUGCACUUUCAAUGGUGAACCCGUGCAGCUGGGUGACUCAUUCUGGAGCGACAGUACCUGUGCAGAGAAGUGCACCUGCACCUCAGCAGGCCUGCAGUGUGUCAGGCAACCCUGCUCCUUUUCCCAAAUCUGCCGGCCGAGUGCCUUUCAGUUCUCCUGUCAGACCGUGCAGAGACGCACCUGCACCAUUAGUGGUGAUCCACAUUACUACACCUUUGAUAACGCAGUGUUUCACUUUCAGGGCACCUGCACUUACGUUCUCUCUGAACAAUGUGGUAGUGGGCUGCCCUACUAUAGAGUAGAGGGAAAGAACGAGCACCGGGGCAGUACUCGAGUCUCUUGGACACGACUGGUCAAAGUGUUUGUCCAUAAUGAAACUAUUGAGCUUGUCAAAGGACGUCGUGGUGAGGCUAAGGUUAAUGGAAACUUUGCAGCCACUCCGUUCUCCCUUAGUAACGGCACCGUCCAGGUUUAUGAGUCAGGAUUUUCUGUGGUCAUCAGUACUGACUUUGGCUUGGAGGUGUCUUAUGACACAAAUCAUCAUGUCAGGAUCAGUGUGCCCUACACUUACCAGAAUGCAACAUGUGGCCUGUGUGGAAACUUCAACAACCACCCUGGGGAUGACUUUAGAACUCGCCAAGGCGAGGUUGUGAGCUCUGACGUGGUUUUUGCCAACAGCUGGCAAGCAUCAGGGGACAAUGAGCCUGGAUGUGGGGUGCGGUGCGGAGGUCUGGCCUGUGCUGCCUGCACUGGGGCUCAGACAGCUUUAUACAGCAAUAAUGACCACUGUGGUAUCCUCCAGAGCACUUCUGGGCCUUUUGCUGUUUGCCAUCAACAACUUCCUCCACAGAGCUUUGUGCAGAGCUGCGUGUAUGAUCUGUGUGUGGGAGGAGGAUACCAGCCCAUUCUGUGUCAAGCCUUGAAUGUUUAUGCAAGUCAGUGUCAACAGAAUGGUAUCCAACUGCCGAGCUGGAGGAGACCAGGCUUCUGUGAAAUCCCCUGCCCAGCCAACAGCCACUUUGAGUCCCAAGGCACAGGAUGUCCAGCUACUUGUGUCAAUCCCAAUUCCACCCACAACUGCCCUCUUCCAGCCCAGGAGAGCUGCAUCUGCAAUUCAGACCAUGUCCUCAGUGGCGGUGUCUGUGUCCCUCAUGCUGAGUGUGGCUGCAGCUUUGAGGGUCGUUACUACCGCUCUGGAGAAACUGUAAUACUAGAUGAUGACUGUGGGAGGCGUUGCAGCUGCAGCUAUGGCUCCAUGACCUGUCGCUCACAUGGUUGUGCUCCAUUUGAAUCAUGCAGAGUGGAGCAGGGAGAAAGAGGAUGCAGACCUAACAGCUAUGCAACAUGCUGGAUUAGAGGUCCAGGGUCAUAUCAUACAUUUGAUGGAGUGACAUUCCAGUAUCCUGGUGCAUGUCGAUUGACUCUUGCCAAAGUGAUGGGGUUGUCUGAUCACCCCCACUUUGUGGUGGCAGCAGAAAAAGUGCCCAGAGGCCAGAACAGUUUUGCCAGGUUGCUAAAGUUUGAGGCAGAGGGAACACAAGUCUCCAUUGAGAUGACAGGAAGCAGCACAGUUCAGGUUGAUGGUCAGCUGAUCAGACUACCUUUCAGCUCAGCCUCCAACCGAAUCCAAAUCUUCCACAGCAGCAUUCGUAGUAUCAUCCUUCGCACCUCCUUUGGUGUGACUGUGCAGGCAGUGUGGCCUCACUAUGUGCGUGUCACUGCACCUGGUAUCUACAAUGGUUCCCUGGGUGGACUCUGCGGUAACUACAAUGGUCACUCACAUGACGACUUCCGCACACCCAAUGGCAUUCUGGUCAAUAGCUCUCAAGCCUUUGGAGACAGCUGGCGUGAUGGCUCCCUCAAUGCACAUUGUGUGGAAAGUGUGAAUAAUAACUCUACAACAAAUUACAACUCUAGUGAGUACUGUGGCAUUCUAAGCUCACCACAUGGGCCGUUCAGCCAGUGCUGGUCUGUGGUGGACCCAUGGCAGCAAGUGGAAGUAUGCGUGGAGACCAUUAGAGCCUCUAGAGAUCCAGCAUCAGCACUGUGUGAGGUCCUACGAGAUUAUGCCCUAAUGUGUCAACAGCAGGGUGUAGCUCUGGGACACUGGAGGAAUGCAACUGGCUGUGAGCAAACCUGCCCUCUGAACAGCCAUUAUGAACCCUGUGGAAGCACUUGUCCCUCCGCCUGCCCCAGCCUCUCUUUCCCUUUCACCUGUGACACUGUGUGCCAGGAGGGUUGCCAGUGUAAUGAUGGUUUUGUCCUCAAUGGCAACCAGUGUGUGCCACCAACAUCCUGCGGAUGCCAUCAUCAAGGACGCUAUCGGCAAAGUGGUGAACAGUUCUGGGAUGGUGAAGAAUGUCAGAGCUUGUGUACCUGCAAUGGCACAACUGGGAUAGUCCAGUGUACUCCUUACUCCUGUGGUCCCCAGGAGUCUUGCCGUGUGGUGGGGGGUGAGUUUGGCUGCCAUCCCAACCCCCAUGGCACCUGCUCUGCCUCUGGAGACCCCCACUACCUCACAUUCGAUUCUAAGGCCUAUGACUUCCAGGGAACCUGCCGCUAUGUUCUGGCAACCCUUUGUAAUGACACUGAUGGGCUCCACCAAUUUUCAGUGGAAGCCAAGAAUGAGCCGUGGAAUGGGUUGCCAGUUUCAAUCACAGCUGAAGUUUUUGUCAAUGUGUGGGGCUACCGAGUGCGUCUGUCCAGGGACAGCAGAGGCGUGGCAGAGGUAAAUGGAGUAACUAAAAAUUUACCAGUUCUCCUGAAUGGAAGUGUGUCUGUCUUUGCAAGUGGAUCUCGCACAUUUAUCAGUGCUGAGUUUGGCCUCAUUGUCACGUACGAUGGUUGGAGCACAGUAUCCAUCUCUGUGCCAUCAAACUACAGAGGACAGACAUGUGGACUUUGUGGAAACUUCAAUGGAAAUCAAGGUGAUGACUUCCGCACCCCAUCUGGAACGAUAGUCACCUCUCCAGAUGAGUUUGGGACAGCUUGGACGGUGGCAGGCAACUACACCUGCAGUGAGGGGUGUGGUUCCUCCUGCCCUAGAUGUACCAAUGAGCAACCUGCUAGAGCUCAGUGUGAGGUGAUCCGAGCAACUGACGGCCCUUUGAGCUUCUGCCAUGAGCAGGUGGACCCUACACCAUAUUUCAAUGACUGCGUGUUUGACGUUUGUGUGUCGAGACAUGCGGGCCAAGAUCUUCUGUGCCGGGCCAUUCAAGCGUACGUGAGUGCCUGUCAGUCUGCUAAUGUUCGAAUCUACCCCUGGAGACAGAACACCACCUGCAGAAUUGACUGUCCAGCCAACAGCCAUUAUGAGCUGUGUGGUACCGACUGUGGCCACACCUGUGCCAGCAGCACUGAUGCCACCUGUGAGCAGGUUUGCUCUGAGGGAUGUUUCUGUGAUGAUGGUUUCCUCAGGAGCGGGACGAGGUGUGUUCCUGUGGAGAGCUGUGGCUGCCAAUAUGAUGGCUUCUACUAUAAUGCUGGUGAGUCCUUCUGGACAGAGAGCUGUUCCCAGCGAUGUGAAUGUCAUGCUCCCAACGACCUGCGCUGCUCUGCUGCAUCUUGCACUCCUGCACAGGAGUGCACCAUCAGAAAUGGCCAGCUGGGCUGUUUUGACGCAAUGUCUACUUGCACUGUGUGGGGGGACCCACACUACAUCUCCUUUGAUGGGGCACUGGCUCAUUUCCAGGGCACGUGCUCUUACAUCAUCACUGAGAGCUUGAGCCACAGCUCCAAUGAAACUGAGUUUCAUGUAGCAGCCACCAAUAAUCACCGUGGCAACAACCGCGUGUCCUUUGUAUCAUCAGUGGAUAUUUACCUCUCAAAUCAACAAGAGAAUGUGUACAUAAGAAUUGGACCAAACAGAAGAGUAAAGGUAAAUGGAGGUGAGGUAUCGCUUCCCACCACUGCAGCCACCUUCGCUCAGGUUAUAAGGCAGGGAAGCUACAUAGUGGUCGAUGCCGUUGACCUGAUUGUGCAGUUUGAUGGCCAGAGUACCUUACUGGUCAGAGUCGGACAAAAUCGUCAAAACAGAGUGACUGGGAUGUGUGGAAACUUCAACAAUGAUCCCGCAGAUGACAAAGUCUCACCCAAUGGCACACUGGCACAAAAUGACAAUGAAUUUGGACACAGCUGGAAGGCACCCACAAGCCAACCAGGAUGUGGUUCCACUGAUGUAAGGAGUGGUGACGGACUGAACGACUGUACCUUCAGAGCAGAAUACUCUGAGCUCUGUAGCGUUAUCACCAACACCAGCGGCCCAUUCAGCGCCUGUCACCUGCACUCUGACCCCCAGCCAUUUUUCAGUUCCUGUGUGUACGAUCUCUGCCUCUACACUCCAGCCAAUGGCAUGCUGUGUUCUGCCAUCUCAGCCUAUGAGAGAACCUGCUCGGUUUUGGGGUUGAACAUCCCAGACUGGCGCUCACCUUUGCAUUGUGCUGAGUCCGACCCCUGUGAGGAGCUGAACUGCACGGACUAUGAGUGGUGUGGUGCGAAGGACGGUGUGUAUGGCUGCUUCUGUGAUGAGCACCACCAUCGGCCCAACAACGAGAGCUAUGACUCAUCCAUCACUUGCGUCAGUAGCUCAGGCACCAUGUCUGUGUCCCGCUGCCAGCUGUUUGAGGCUGGCUUCCACUCUGAAGCCCUCCACCUCCAAGACGAGUCCUGCCAAGGGACUCUCCAGGACGGACGACUGGUCUUCCACUUCAAUAAUGACGAGCAGCUGUGCGGGACAGUUCUCAGGAGCAAUGGAACCCAUUUCAUCUAUGAGAACAUCAUCCAGGGUGAUGUGGACCCUCAUGACGGUCUAAUCAGCCGCCAAAGGAACAUCCACCUGCGUUUCUGCUGUGAAUACCCUCUGUCUCAGGCCCUGUCUAUGGCUGUGGGCAUCAACCCUGUAGAGAGCAUUGUGAGGAAGAAGCUUCCAUCUGGCCACGGACAGUAUCAUAUGAGAAUGAUUCCCUUCGCGGACGCUGGCUUCCGCUUCCCCCUGACCAGUGACAGGAACAUAGAACUGGAAAUAGACCAGAGGUUGUAUGUUGAGGUGCGGACAGAGGGAGUUGACGAACGGCAGAUCUCCACCAUUCUGGACUCGUGUUGGGCAACGCCAGUCAACUUAGCCAGCUACCCUGUCCGCUGGGAUCUCAUUAGUGCAGAGUGUCCUAAUCCAGCAGAUGGCACAGUAGAGCUGGUUCAGAAUGGCGUCUCCACUGUGGCCAGAUUCUCCUUCAGGAUGUUCACCUUUACCAACUUCUCAUCCAUCUACCUGCACUGCCAGGUCCACCUGUGUCUUUUGAGAAACAACAACUGCACAGCUCACUGCUACCCGGGUUACCACAGGCGAGUCGAGAGGGACGUAUCCUACCAUGACACUGCAUCCAUCUCACUGGGACCACUAGUCCUGAUGCCAAAUAGUGGUGACAUCAGGGUGAAAGCAAGCAGUGCUCCAUGCCAGAUGACUUCACUGGUGACCCUGCUAAUCAGUUUGCUGGCUGCCAAAACUCUGGUCUUUUUGGUUAAUUUUAGUUCUACCUAUCUAAUCAUCCUGAGUUGUUGCAUUGUUUCAGAAAAUUGUACAUUUUCUGUUCUUCUAUUUUACUUAUCUGUCUUCUUUGUUUCAUUCACAGGUGUGGUGACCCCUCAGGUUGUGAGACCCCUCUACCCAAUAUCUGGAACCACAAGCUCUGCAACAGAUGACGGAAGCUCUCCACGGAUCACCCUGCAGCGGCCUUUCGUGUAUUUUGGACGGACAUAUAACAACAUUUAUGUUAACCAUAAUGGACACUUGACAUUUAACAAUCCACUGAGUGCACACACACCUAGUAGGUUCCCACUACAUGGAUCCAGAGACAUCAUCGCUCCAUUCUGGACAGAUUUGGACAACAGAGCAAAUGGUCAGAUCUUGUACAACCAGUACACCAGCGGCAGUGUCCUCCAACAAGCUACACAGGACAUUAAUGCCUAUUUCCCAAGCAUAAACUUUAAUGCCAACUGGGUCUUUGUUGCAACAUGGUACGAGGUGGCCUACUUUCCAAAUUCAGGAACACGCACAACUGUCCAAGGCGUGUUGAUCUCUGGAGGCCAGUACUCAUUUGUGCUGAUGAACUAUGGGAUAAUAGCCUCAACUACUCUGAAUGUGCAGGCUGGUUAUGAUACAAUUAACUCCCCUCACCAUUUCUCCAUCCCUGGAUCAUUCACUACCAGUGCAACAGGCAGUAACUCAGUUUUCCGCCUGAACAGCAAUGUCAAUGUACCGGGUCGCUGGGCUUUCCGGGUAGACGAUGGCUCAAGAGGCUGCACUUUUAACGGUGACCCCGUGCAGCUGGGUGACUCAUUCUGGAGCGACAGUACCUGUGCAGAGAAGUGCACCUGCACCUCAGCAGGCCUGCAGUGUGUCAGGCAACCCUGCUCUUUUUCCCAAAUCUGCCAACCGAGUGCCUUUCAGUUCUCCUGUCAGACCGUGCAGAGAGGCACCUGCACCAUAAGUGGUGAUCCACAUUACUACACCUUUGAUGACGCAGUGUUUCACUUUCAGGGCACCUGCACUUACGUUCUCUCAGAACAAUGUGAUGGUGGGCUGCCCUACUAUAGAGUAGAGGGAAAGAACGAGCACCGGGGCAGUACUCGAGUCUCUUGGACACGACUGGUCAAAGUGUUUGUCCAUAAUGAAACUAUUGAGCUUGUCAAGGGACAUCAUGGUAAAGCCAAGGUUAAUGGAAACUUUGCAACCACUCCGUUCUCCCUUAGUAACGGCACCGUCCAGGUUUAUGAGUCAGGAUUUUCUGUGGUCAUCAGUACUGACUUUGGCUUGGAGGUGUCUUAUGACACAGAUCAUUACGUCAGGAUCAGUGUGCCCUACACUUACCAGAAUGCAACAUGUGGCCUGUGUGGAGACUUCAACAAUAAUCCUCGGGAUGACUUUAGAACUCGCCAAGGCGAGGUUGUGAGCUCUGACGUGGUUUUUGCCAACAGCUGGCAAGCAUCAGGGGACGAUGAGCCUGGAUGUGAGGCGCAGUGCGGAGGUCUGGACUGUGCUGCCUGCACCGAGGCUCAGACAGCUUUAUACAGCAAUAAUGACCACUGUGGUAUCCUCCAGAGCACUUCUGGGCCUUUUGCUGUUUGCCAUCAACAACUUCCUCCACAGAGCUUUGUGCAGAGCUGCGUGUAUGAUCUGUGUGUGGGAGGAGGAUACCAGCCCAUUCUGUGUCAAGCCUUGAAUGUUUAUGCAAGUCAGUGUCAACAGAAUGGUAUCCAACUGCCGAGCUGGAGGAGACCAGGCUUCUGUGAAAUCCCCUGCCCAGCCAACAGCCACUUUGAGUCCCAAGGCACAGGAUGUCCAGCUACUUGUGUCAAUCCCAAUUCCACCCACAACUGCCCUCUUCCAGCCCAGGAGAGCUGCAUCUGCAAUUCAGGCUACAUCCUCAGUGGCGGUGUCUGUGUCCCUCAUGCUGAGUGUGGCUGCAGCUUUGAGGGUCGUUACUACCGCUCUGGAGAAACUGUAAUACUAGAUGAUGACUGUGGGAGGCGUUGCAGCUGCAGCUAUGGCUCCAUGACCUGUCGCUCACAUGGUUGUACUCCAUUUGAAUCAUGCAGAGUGGAGCAGGGAGAAAGAGGAUGCAGACCUAACAGCUAUUCAACAUGCUGGAUUAGAGGUCCAGGGUCAUAUCAUACAUUUGAUGGAGUGACAUUCCAGUAUCCUGGUGCAUGUCGAUUGACUCUUGCCAAAGUGAUGGGGUUGUCUGAUCACCCCCACUUUGUGGUGACAGCAGAAAAAGUGCCCAGAGGCCAGAACGGUUUUGCCAGGUUGCUAAAGUUUGAGGCAGAGGGAACACAAGUCUCCAUUGAGAUGGCGAGUAGCAGCACAGUUCAGGUUGAUGGUCAGCUGAUCAGACUACCUUUCAGCUCAGCCUCCAACCGAAUCCAAAUCUUCCACAGCAGCAUUCGUAGUAUCAUCCUUCGCACCUCCUUUGGUGUGACUGUGCAGGCAGUGUGGCCUCACUAUGUGCGUGUCACUGCACCUGGUAUCUACAAUGGUUCCCUGGGUGGACUCUGCGGUAACUACAAUGGUCACUCACAUGACGACUUCCGCACACCCAAUGGCAUUCUGGUCAAUAGCUCUCAAGCCUUUGGAGACAGCUGGCGUGAUGGCUCCCUCGCUGCACACUGUGUGGAAAGUGUGAAUAAUAAUUCUACAACAAAUUACAACUCUAGUGAGUACUGUGGCAUUCUAAGCUCACCACAUGGGCCGUUCAGCCAGUGCUGGUCUGUGGUGGACCCAUGGCAGCAAGUGGAAGUAUGCGUGGAGACCAUUAGAGCCUCUAGAGAUCCAGCAUCAGCACUGUGUGAGGUCCUACGAGAUUAUGCCCUAAUGUGUCAACAGCAGGGUGUAGCCCUGGGACCCUGGAGGAAUGCAACUGGCUGUGAGCAAACCUGCCCUCUGAACAGCCAUUAUGAACCCUGUGGAAGCACUUGUCCCUCCGCCUGCCCCAGCCUCUCUUUCCCUUUCACGUGUGACACUGUGUGCCAGGAGGGUUGCCAGUGUAAUGAUGGUUUUGUCCUCAAUGGCAACCAGUGUGUGCCACCAACAUCCUGCGGAUGCCAUCAUCAAGGACGCUAUCGGCAAAGUGGUGAACAGUUCUGGGAUGGUGAAGAAUGUCAGAGCUUGUGUACCUGCAAUGGCACAACUGGGAUUGUCCACUGUAUUCCCAACUCCUGUGGUCCCCAGGAGUCUUGCCGUGUAAUGGGGGGUGAGUUUGGCUGCCAUCCCAACCCUCAUGGCACCUGCUCUGCCUCUGGAGACCCCCACUACCUCACAUUCGAUUCCAAGGCCUAUGACUUCCAGGGGACCUGCCGCUAUGUUCUGGCGACCCUUUGUAAUGACACUAAUGGGCUCCACCAAUUUUCAGUGGAAGCCAAGAAUGAGCCGUGGAAUGGGUUGCCAGUUUCAAUCACAGCUGAAGUUUUUGUCAAUGUGUGGGGCUACCGAGUGCAUAUUUCCAGGGAAAGAAGAGGUGUUGUUCAAGUCAAUGGGGUAACCAGAAAUUUACCUAUUCUCUUGAAUGGAAGUCACUUGUCUAUCUAUGCAAGUGGAUCCCGUGUAUUUGUCAGUGCUGAUUUUGGCUUGAGUGUCACCUAUGAUGGACAUAGUACAGUGUUUAUCUCCGUACCUGCAAAUUACAGUGGAAAAACAUGUGGACUUUGUGGAAACUUCAACGGAAACCCAAAUGAUGAGUUCCGCACCCCAUCUGGAACGAUAGUCACCUCUCCAGAUGAGUUUGGGACAGCUUGGAAGGUGGCAGGCAACUACACCUGCAGUGAUGGGUGUGGUUCCUCCUGCCCACAAUGUACCAAUGAGCAACCUGCUAGAGCUCAGUGUGAGGUGAUCCGAGCAACUGACGGCCCUUUGAGCUUCUGCCAUGAGCAGGUGGACCCUACACCAUAUUUCAAUGACUGCGUGUUUGACGUUUGCGUGUCGGGAAAUGCGGGCCAAGAUCUUCUGUGCCGGGCCAUUGAAGCGUACGUGAGUGCCUGUCAGUCUGCUAAUGUUCGAAUCUACCCCUGGAGACAGAACACCACCUGCAGAAUUGACUGUCCAGCCAACAGCCAUUAUGAGCUGUGUGGUACCGACUGUGGCCACACCUGUGCCAGCAGCACUGAUGCCACCUGUGAGCAGGUUUGCUCUGAGGGAUGUUUCUGUGAUGAGGGUUUCCUCAGGAGCGGGACGAGGUGUGUUCCUGUGGAGAGCUGUGGCUGCCAAUAUGAUGGCUUCUACUAUAAUGCUGGUGAGUCCUUCUGGACAGAGAGCUGUUCCCAGCGAUGUGAAUGUCAUGCUCCCAACGACCUGCGCUGCUCUGCUGCAUCUUGCACUCCUGCACAGGAGUGCACCAUCAGAAAUGGCCAGCUGGGCUGUUUUGACGCAAUGUCUACUUGCACUGUGUGGGGGGACCCACACUACAUCUCCUUUGAUGGGGCACUGGCUCAUUUCCAGGGCACGUGCUCUUACAUCAUCACUGAGAGCUUGAGCCACAGCGCCAAUGAAACUGAGUUUCAGGUAGUGGCCACCAAUAAUCACCGUGGCAACAACCACGUGUCCUUUGUAUCAUCAGUGGAUAUUUACCUCUCAAAUCAACAAGAGAAUGUGUACAUAAGAAUUGGACCAAAUAGAAGAGUAAAGGUAAACGGAAUUGAGGUGUCCGUUCCGACUAACACAGGAACUUUAGCUCAGGUUAUAAGGCAGGGAAGCUACAUAGCGGUCGAUGCCGUUGACCUGAUUGUGCAGUUUGAUGGCCAGAGUACCUUACUGGUCAGAGUCGGCCAACACCGUCAAAACAGAGUCACUGGGAUGUGUGGAAACUUCAACAAUGAUCCCGCAGAUGACAAAGUCUCGCCCAAUGGCACACUGGCACAAAAUGACAAUGAAUUUGGACACAGCUGGAAGGCACCCACAAGCCAACCAGGAUGUGGUUCCACAGAUGAUGAAAAUGGUGACGGACUGAACGACUGUACCUUCAGAGCAGAAUACUCUGAGCUCUGUAGCGUUAUCACCAACACCAGCGGCCCAUUCAGCGCCUGUCACCUGCACUCUGACCCCCAGCCAUUUUUCAGUUCCUGUGUGUACGAUCUCUGCCUCUACACUCCAGCCAAUGGCAUGCUGUGUUCUGCCAUCUCAGCCUAUGAGAGAACCUGCUCGGUUUUGGGGUUGAACAUCCCAGACUGGCGCUCACCUUUGCAGUGUGCAGAGUCCAACCCUUGUGAAGAACUGGACUGCUCAGACUAUGAGUGGUGUGGCGAGAAGGACGGUGUUUACGGCUGCCUCUGUGAUGAACAUCACCAUCAGCCCAACAAUGAGAGCUAUGACUCAUCCAUCACUUGUGUCAGUAGCUCAGGCACCAUGUCCCUGUCCCGCUGCCAGCUGUUUGAAGCUGGCUUCCAUCCUGGUGCUCUACACCUGCGUGAAGACUCAUGCAAUGGUACUGUCCAGGACGGACGACUGGUGUUCCACUUUAACAAUGACGACCAGCUGUGUGGGACAGUUCUCAGGAGCAAUGGGACCCAUUUCAUCUAUGAGAAUACCAUCCAGGGCAAUGUGGACCCUCAUGAGGGCCUCAUUAGCCGAGAGAAGAGCAUUCACUUGCACUUCUCCUGUGAAUACCCUCUGGCCCAGGCCCUGUCUAUGGAUGUGGGAAUCAACCCUGUGGAGAGCAUUGUGAACAAGAGGCUUCCAUCUGGCGAAGGUCGCUAUCAUUUGAGGAUGAUCCCCUAUGAGGACUCUGGCUUCCACUCCCCCCUGACCAGAAACAGAAACCUAGAAAUGGAAAUAGACCAGACGUUAUACAUCGAGGUGCAGACAGAGGGAGUCGAUGAACGGCAGAUCUCCACCAUUUUGGACUCUUGCUGGGCGACGCCUUUCAAUGACGCUAGCUACCCUGUCCGCUGGGAUCUCAUCAGUGCAGAGUGUCCUAAUCCAGCAGAUGGCACAGUAGAGCUGGUUCAGAAUGGCGUCUCCACUGUGGCCAGAUUCUCCUUCAGGAUGUUCACCUUUACCAACUUCUCAUCCAUCUACCUGCACUGCCAGGUCCACCUGUGUCUUUUGAGGCACAACAACUGCACAUCUCAUUGCUACCCUGGUUAUCAUACCAGAGUGGCGAGGGACAUUUCUUACCAUGACACUGCAGCCAUCUCAGUAGGACCACUUGUCCUGAAACCAGAUGAAAGGAUGAUACAGAGCAGCGCUUUAGGCCAGCUGACCUCUGUGGUGACCCUGCUAGUCAGUUUGCUGACUGCCAGAGCUCUGACCUAGAAAAAUCAGCGAUAGGCACACACACAAUAAAAAAUAUAUAAAUGAACACAUAUUACACCACAGUAGCUUAAUAACUGUUCACUGAUUUAAGAUUUUUCUCCAUUGGGCUCUUCUUUAAAAUUAUAGGGAUAUUCCUUAUGUGAUAUACAUGGUAGAAGCAGUGGUGGUGCAUACCUGAAAAAAAUUGUACUGUUUAGAAAUACAUCCCCUACAUUUCUCCUGAAUUGUGUUCCCCUCUAAGAAACCUUGUUUAAAGUUGUGGUGUUUUUUUCUUUCCAACACUAGAGGGCAGCAUAAGAUCAAAUACACGUUACACACAAUGUCUGCUCAACACCUUUUUUAUUCAAUAUAAUGUUGUAUCAGUUGUAUCAUCAAUUGAGUUUUUGCAAUGACAUUGAUUAAUAAUGAAGAGGAAAAUUAUAAAUUAGGUCAUUUAUGUGUGAAAUAGGAUUCUUGUUGUAUAUAUAUGUUCAACUGAAAAUAUUACCUUGGCUGUUGAUUACUUGAGGACUCCAGAAACAUUUUUGUGUUUUUACUUU